ACUCUUUCCCUCUCUCUCUCUCUCUCUCUCGCUCUCUGUUUUGUGUAUCUGUGUUUGUCACGUUCCGUCGUGGUUGGGUGGCUCUGUUUGUAUCUGCUUAAAAGUGUGACACUGUGUUUUACAAAAACAUUUUGCUUUGCCCUUUUUAUUAACUCAGACCUACUCCUCACUUUCACAUGUUCAAAUAAAUAAUUGUUCAUUUCAUUUCGUUUCUACUCUCUCUCUCUCUCUCUCCCUCUCAAAGUUUCAGAAAGGACACAAAAAAGUAUUACAUUUUUUGUGUCAUAUAAAAUCUCUCUCUCUCUCUCUCCUGUCUGGCAGAAUACAGUAAAAAGAAGAAGAGCCAUUAGAGGAUAUCAAAUCAUAGGAAAGAAAAAAGGAGAGUAACAAAAGAGAAGAAAAAAAAAAUUGGAGAAUGAAUGUUCUUACACAUCUUGAACAAGAUUACUCUGAGUUUGUUGAAGUUGAUCCGACUGGCAGAUAUGGCAGAUACAAUGAAAUCCUUGGCAAAGGAGCUUCAAAGACAGUUUACAAGGCAUUUGAUGAGUAUGAAGGGAUUGAAGUUGCUUGGAACCAGGUGAAGCUUUAUGAUUUCCUGCAAAGCCCUGAAGACCUUGAGAGACUCUACUGUGAGAUUCAUCUCCUUAAAACAUUGAAGCACAAGAACAUUAUGAAAUUCUACACUUCUUGGGUUGAUACUGCAAAUAGGAACAUCAAUUUUGUGACUGAAAUGUUCACUUCUGGGACUCUGAGGCAGUAUAGACUAAAGCACAAGAGAGUUAACAUUAGAGCAGUAAAGCACUGGUGUAGGCAGAUCUUGAGAGGGCUUCUGUAUCUUCAUAGCCAUGACCCUCCUGUGAUCCACAGAGAUCUCAAGUGUGAUAAUAUCUUUGUUAAUGGGAACCAAGGGGAAGUGAAGAUUGGUGAUCUUGGCCUCGCUGCAAUUCUAAAGAAAUCGCAUGCAGCUCACUGUGUUGGGACUCCUGAGUUCAUGGCUCCAGAAGUGUAUGAGGAGGCUUAUAAUGAGUUAGUUGACAUUUACUCAUUUGGGAUGUGUAUAUUGGAAAUGGUCACUUUUGAAUAUCCUUAUAGUGAGUGCACUCAUCCUGCUCAAAUUUACAAGAAAGUUACUUCUGGAAGAAAACCAGAUGCUUUAUACAAAGUAAAGGAUCCCGAAGUGCGAAAAUUUGUGGAGAAAUGCUUGGCAACUGUGUCUCUAAGGCUGUCUGCUUGGGAGCUUCUGAAUGACCCUUUUCUCCAAUUAGAUAACUGUGAAUAUGAGUUGAGACCAGUAGAUUAUGGUAGAGAACUAGAUGACACAGGGCCCCUGAUGAGGCAGCCUCUCCUUGAAUUUCAUCACAGCAAUAGCGGCUUUAGUGAUGGAUACUCAAAUGGUUAUGGUUUUGAAGCCCAAAAUGAAUGGAGCUAUCAUUCAGUUGAGAUCGAAUCAAAUGGAAUUGAACUUUUUGAGCACCACGAUGAUGAUCAUACUGAAGAUGUUGACAUAAGUAUCAAAGGGAAGAAGAGUGAAGAUGGUGGCAUCUUUUUAAGACUUAGAAUCUCAGAUAAAGAAGGCCGUAUCCGGAACAUUUAUUUCCCAUUCGAUGUUGAGACAGAUACUGCAUUGAGCGUGGCAACCGAAAUGGUUGCAGAACUUGAUAUUACUGAUCAGGACGUGACCAGAAUUGCAGAUAUGAUUGAUGGAGAAAUUGCUUCCUUGGUGCCUGAAUGGAGACCAGGGCCAGGGUUAGAGGAAACACCCCGGUUUGCUAAUCAAGGCCUCUGUCAUAAUUGUGCUUCCAACCAUACCUCAAGUGGUUCCUUCAUGGAUUUUCUGUCAAAUAAUCAAGGCACCAAGAAUAUGCAAGUUCUGCAAUGCUGUAGACAUGGAUGUGCUGCUUCAAUGCAUGGCCGGUUCGAGGAGAUUACAUUCCAAGCAGAGGAGUCUGAGAAUCACGUGACAUACGGUACACCAAACAUGUCAAGCGAAAGUGAUUAUCAGGAAAUAUGGAGUCGGCAGGAGGGCCGUGAGCUUAGUUCAGUUGGCUCUGGCCAAAGCAAUUCUUACGAGGAAUAUGAGAAAUUGGAGCAAUCAAUAGUAACUGAGGAAGAGAAUGACGUUAGUAUGAACAAUGAUAAUACCUCCAAAGAAGGAAACUUAAUUGGAAAUUUAUCAGGUUCACAUUCUUUCUCUUUGAAGCCAUCCUUGUAUCGUGACCUGUCUGGACACCAUGAGAAAGAAAUCCAGCAGGAUUUGAGAUGGCUUAAAGCAAAGUACCAAAUGGAAAUAAGGGAACUUAAGGAUCAACAGUUAGGAAUGUCAAAAUCUUCAAAUUGUGGAAAUAGAGAAGACAAAGUAGAUGAUUUAACACUACAAGAUGACACCAAUGGAGCUCCCUUGAAAUCUUGUUCUUAUGAUGGGGAGUUUAGUUCCAAUUUCCCUGCUCAUGUCAAUAAGAGCUGCCCCAAUACGGAAACCCAAAGGGCCAAAAAUUGCAAGGCGAUGAAGGAUCCCUCAAAUGCUGAAGAUAUGUUCACUGCCAAGAGCUUCUGCACAAGCUCAUUGCUUCCAAAUUCUCUUCACAGGACAGUUUCUCUCCCAGUUGAUGCUGUUGAUAUAUAAAACCUGUAAGGCACUGUGAAUUUUUUUAUAUAUGUCAUACACUCGUAGAGGCUGUAACAUUAUCAAAAUCAACCCAUUUUGGCCAGGCAAUAUCAAAUUUCACCAUAUGUAGCAUGACUUAUAUUGUAAGAGGAAUAGGAAAGCAAUGUUGCUGUC